AUGCACUUUUCAACCCGGAAUCCGAGUCUGUUUCCGUUGUCAGCCAGGCCAUUCACCCACGCAAAGGCCGAUGCGUUCGCCAAGGCCUAUGCCAUGGCAUCAAACAACGGCAAGGGUUUGGCCCGAGGCUUUACGCCCUUCGUCGACAUGAGUUGUGUCAAGUUCUUCGGCCCUUUGGACGAAGUGGACACCCUACAUCACCCCUGCACGCCUUCGGCCUUGGACAAGAUCCGCCGCGCCGCGAUGGACAGAUUUGAGGAAGAGUGCCAGAAGACGGCUUCAGACAAGGCCCGGGACGAGAGAAUCGCGCAGGUCGAGUGGGAGAACAAAAAGUACUUCGCUCGCAAGAGGUUAGAGGAGGCUGAUCGGCAAGCUCGAAAGCAAGCCCUCAUGGCCGCGAGAAAGAACGCGCCCCGUGCAGCAAUCAGACGGCCACGCAAGAGAAAGCGCAACGCUUUCAAUGCAGUGGAAGCCGGCGGUCGCAGCCAGUCGAUCUCCCAAGCUAGCACCUCUUUGUCGACGUCGACGCCCACGAACAGUGACACUGACAACAGCAACGGACAAAGGGUGAUUGUAGAGUCUUCGCAUGGCACCCGAAUCUUUCAUGGCAAAGCACGCCACAGACCAAUGGUUAUCGAUUCGGACGACGAAGAAGCCUUGCUCCCCAGUCCUAAGCGUUGCUGUUCUAGCAACAGUAGUUCAACGAAUGGAGCCGUCGGCGACAAGACGCAGGGAGCUUCUAAUGGGAUCUUAGUGCGCGGUUGCAGUGACCGCCAACCGGUCAACGGCGAGCAAGCUGAUGGUAACGACGCCGACUUGUCCGAUUAUGGGCACUUGGACCAGAAGCACCGACGGUACCAGCAUGUACGUCGGGAAUCGGACAAGAAGAACACGCCCAACAAGAUUGCCCCCAAGGUUACCACGCAAGGAACCGCCAGAGGCGUCAACACCUCCAGAUCCGGACAAUGA